AUGGAAGUCACGCAAUCGUCGGUCCAGGCCAACCACGGAGCCUCCGUGCCCGACACGAGCGCCUCUCAGGAGCAAAUGUCUCAAGCGGAUUGGCUCCAGUCCAGGGGCAUCAAGGCCGAGGACCGUGUUGAGUUGGCCAGGCUCUCCCAUAUGCGAUAUCAGCAUCCGGAUUUGGACGUAUUAUCUGGAUUCAUGCUAGAUUUCGGAAUGGCAAUAGCAAAAAGAACCGAGAAUGAAGUCUGGUUCCGCGGUUAUGGAAUCGAUCAGACUUUGAAGAUCCCAGGAGCAUCCCCAGUCCAAAAAUUAUCUGACGCCCCCGGAGGAGGUGAGAUGGUGACCAUCGUGGAUCCAGACGGCUUUCCCUUCAAUGUGAUAUUUGGCCAGGAAAAAGGAGAAGAUGCCUCUACACCUCCUGCCGAGAAGUUGAAAGCCAACUAUCCAAACGAGAAGCAGAGGCUUCGUCAGUUCAACCGCUUCGAACGUGGCCCUGCAGCUAUACACAAGUUGGGCCACUUUGGCUACUCUACGGAACACUUCGAAGAGCUCCUCUCAUUUUACACCUCCCAUUUCAACAUAGUUCCGACAGACCUGCUUUAUAUGGAACAUGACGGACACAGAAUGGACGUGACGACAUUUAUGCACCUGGACCUGGGUCAAAACCAUACGGACCAUCACUCUUUCUUCCUCGGGGCCAGCCAAACAGGGUCUCACGUUCACCAUUGCUCCUUUGAGGUUUUUGACUAUGAUACCCAGCAUCUAGGACACCAAUGGCUGACCAGUAAGGGCUAUCGAUCCGUCUGGGGGGUGGGCCGACAUAUUCUUGGAUCCCAAAUCUUUGACUAUUGGUGGGACCCAGCAGGAAAUAUGGUUGAACACUACGCUGAUGGUGAUCUGGUCAAUGGAGACACUCCAAUUGGAAUUAUGCCGGCGGGCCAUGAGUCAUUGGCUAUUUGGGGACCAGAGGUUCCGCUUGCUUUCCUGCAGUAG